AUGCAGCAAGUAGUACAGACAGUACAACGUGAUGACUUGGCGGUGAUUUGCGGAUCAAUAGAAGAAUUAAAUAAUUGUCUUAAGGCAAUAGAGGAUAUACGUGCAUGCAGCAGCAGCAGCAGCAGCAGCAGCAACAACAAGCAGCAGCAGCAUCAGGAGCAGGGGCAGCAGGUAGAGGAAGAAGGGGAGGAGCAGCAGGAAUUAUGUGUUACUAAGAAGGAGACAGGAGACGGAGGGUUCUUUUCUUUCUUAGCAACUUUAUUUGGAUCCUGUACCCCUACAGGAUCGGGAUCGGGAUCGGGAUCGAGUGUGGGGUUGGGAUCGGGAUCGGGAUCGGAUCCCAGCACCCCACAACCAGGGAGUGUAUGGGAGGUGCUGCUGCAGAGAGAUGCAGAGACACUGCAGAUAAUUAGUGCACAAAUAAAGACACAAGCAAAGACUGAUUAUCUAAGUCGUGCAUGCAGUAUCAGGGUAAAAGGACAAAAAGAAGAAGAAGAAGCAGCAAAGACAAAUCGUAAACGUCUCGAGUGGGACUUUGAUUCCCUUGCUAAGACGGGUAAGAUAAAGAAAGUUCAUUUUCUUGCUUUGUUAGGUCUAGUAGGAGAAGAAGAAGCAGCAACUGAUGAACAAAUUGCUACUUUAUUCAGGUACCCUGAUUGUAUGGUCUAUCAUUUAAUGAUUCUCUUAAUUAUCUCGAAUUCAUCUCCAGGUAAUACGCAGCAGCAGCAGCAGCAGCAGCAGCAGCAACAGCAGCAGCAGCAGCAGCAGCAGCAGCAACAGCAACAGCAGCAGCAGUAA